AAAAAAAAUUGUCUUCAGUCAGAUUAAUUUGUACGGCUCAACUACCUAAUCUUCUUCUCUUUCACCACUUUUUUAAGUAUUACUACUUUCCACUUCAUCACUGAGACACCCCCCCAAAAAAAGAAAAAAAACCCCUAGAGAAUUCAAAAAAAUGAAACAAGUGCAUUUCCUGAUUAAUGCAAUAUUGUGUGUGUUGUGUUUAGUAGUAGUUGUUGAUUCAAGAACACAUCCAAGAGAUAUAGAAGCAUUGCAGGAUCUAAAGAGAUCAAUUGAUUCGAAAUCGAUAAGACCAGGAUCAUGUCUUAUUUCCUGGGAUUUUUCAGUUGAUCCUUGUGAUCAUAUUUUCAGUGCAAAUUUCACAUGUGGAAUAAGGUGUGAUUUCAGUCUCGCAGGGCUGAGUCGAGUCACUGAGAUCUCCCUUGACGGUGCCGGUUACUCAGGUUCAGUCACUAACAUAACAUGGUUACUCCCUUACCUCCACACACUUGACCUUUCAGGCAACUCUCUAUCAGGCUCACUGCCUGAAUCCCUUUCCAACCUGAUUCGCCUUCGCCGUUUAAGCCUCUCUAAGAACUCGUUUACACUCUCCAUUCCCAACUCUCUUGGUUCCCUCCCUCACCUUGAAGAGCUCUAUUUAGAUGAUAAUCAACUCAGUGGUUCAAUCCCUCUGAGUUUGAACAAGCUGAGUCAUCUAAAAGACUUUGCAGUCCAACAGAAUCAACUCUCUGGUGAAUUUCCCUUUUUGGGUUCUUUAAACAAUUUGUACAGUUUUGAUGCAAGUAAUAACAACUUUUCUUCUUUUGGUAGUAAUCCAUUAUCUCUUCCAAUUUCCCUUAUUUCUUUCUCAAUGAGGAAUAACAGCUUAAAAGGGGAAAUAAUGCCUACACACUUUUUACACAUGCAAAACCUUCAAGUCUUAGAUCUUAGUUACAAUGAGCUAGCUGGUGCAAUUACAGGGGAAAUCUUUCAUCAUCCAUCACUUCAGCAGCUCAAUCUGUCUCAUAAUCAGUUUUCUUCCGUCAAAUCGCCCAGUAGUAGAGAACAAAGAGGGAAUAUUGUGGCUGUUGAUCUUAGUUACAAUCAGAUUAAUGGGUUAUUGCCAAAAUUCUUGGCUGAGUUACCUAAUCUUUCAGCAUUGUCAUUGGAGCAUAACAGGUUUACUGGGAUGAUACCCCCAGUGUAUGCUCUCAAGGUUUCAACGGCAUCGUUUCAGCGCCUUUUGCUUGGUGGGAACUACUUGUUCGGCCCGAUACCUGACCCGUUAAAGCGGGUGGAGCCCGGUUCUGCAACAGUGAGUUUGGUGGAUAAUUGCUUGUAUACUUGCCCUGUUAGUUUUUUCUUUUGUCAAGGUGGGGUGCAGAAAUCACUCAUUCAGUGCAAACGUUGGCAUUUGAUUCCUAAGGAGUUUAGUUUGGUAAAUCAGUUAAAGGCAUGAUGAUGAUGCUACUAUAUGUAUGAUUAUAGAUUUAUAGAACAUGAUCAAGGUAAUACAUUUAAAAUAAAAUAUGUAUGUUAAGGGUUUUAUAAAGGUUUAUGAAAAUGGAUUUUAUAAAAAAGUUAAGUAGCAAAAAAUGCAUACUCCGUAUAAUAGUUUAUCAUGGAAAAUUAUUUUUCCAUGAUAAAUCAUUUUACAUUGAAAAUGUUUUACGCCUUAUCAAACGAAGCCUAAGGAUCUUUGCAAUAGGUUACAUGUCCGAAUCCCUUUUCCCCAACGAAGAUUAU